AUGGUCCCCCGAACGGCCUACCCCCCGACACAGCUCCACCUAACCAAAACAACCCAUCUAAACCCAUCUCAGGCACAAGAAACCCUAUCAUCCUUCCUAGCCAACCUAGAACAACACGCCUACCUCCACCCCGAUGCCCAGCUCUCCAGCAGCGGUAUAGCCUUCGCCGCACAAAGUGGGUCGAAAGGCGGGAUAGCGGUGCACCAUCUUCGACGCAUAGAAGCCGGACUUCGGGGCGAGAAUCUAGCUGUGGAAAGUUUCGAGGAUCUGGCGCUGCAAUUCGGUGGUACUGGUGCGGAUGAGCUACCGGAGGGCGAUGAUGGGACUCUGGAUCGGCUGAUUGAUGGUGGGAAAGCCAACAAGACAGCAUCAAUAGUAUACUGGGCCGAAACAACCUCGGAAGCAGCCUACGGCUCAACCCAACACCAACAAAGACCGCUAGACGACGAUCCAGACGCACAAGAUCAGAUAUCCUACGAAAUCUCCCAACAGCCAAUGAAAGGUGAAGUGGGCGAGCGUGAUGCCGCCGCACCUGUAUCGCAAGCCGGUGGUGCACCGCCGCCAAUUCAGCAUGUGAGGGACAAAGGCAAGGGCAAGGGCAAGGCCAACGAGGGUAAAGGACAGCGGCCACUGGAUCCCAAGUUGGCGCGGAAGGAAGCGAAGAAGGCGAGACGCAAGGCGGAGAAGAGUGCUAAUGACCAGGCGAAAGGGUGA